UGUACACAUUGCUCACAUCCCUAGCACAAUCUCUACCCGGGAUGCAGUGUUCGUCGUCCAAUAAUGUCCAAAAGCAAGCGAUCUCUGCUGAGCCGGUGCGAGAUAGUGGUCUAUUUCGGCGUCUACAUUGCCUACAUAGCGAUUGGGCUGGGCAAGAUCUAUGGCCUGAGGGAUAUCAUAACUGCGGAGGCCAAGUUCCAGUUCCCCAAAGGCUGGAGCCUGUAUCCCGUAGCCGAUCGCCGGCGUGAUGACAGCAACGACGAACUGGAGAACUUUGGAGACUUCAUGGAAAAAUUGUGGCCGUUUUACCUGCUCCAUGCGGUCGUUCAGGGCGUUAUACGUUGGAAGUGGCCCAGGUUUCAGUGCCACAGUUUUGCCAUGGUGUGCGCAAUGGCCCUGGGCUUUAACAUCGACUGGACAUCGGGAUUGGCUCUAGCCCUGCUGAUAGGUAGCUACUACGUGGUGUCUCUGGGUAGCACCUCCAAGGUCACAGUGUGGCUCCUGUCCGCCGGCUGGAUACUGUGCAUUAACUUGAUGCAGAAGAAUGCCUGGUGGACGAAUCGAGUGGGCUACACGGAGUAUGUCAUGGUGAUAGUUACCAUGUCGUGGAGCCUGCUGCGCGGCUGCAGCUUUGCGCUCUCCAAGAUGGGAGCCCAGAAGGAUCAUCAGGAGCGUUACAGCCUCAUAGAAUACCUGGGCUACGCAAUGUAUUUUCCUUGCCUGACCUACGGCCCUAUCAUCAGCUACCAGAGAUUCUCCCUCAGGCGAAAAAAUAAGCAGCAGGACUGGCUAGGCUUCGCUGGCGGGGUGCUGCGCAGUGCAGUGUGGUGGCUGGUGAUGCAAUUCGCCCUUCACUACUUUUACAUACAUUACAUGUCGCGGGAUGUGCACAUGGUGGAAUUGAUGGAUUCGGUAUUCUGGCAGCACUCUGCCGGCUACUUUAUGGGCCAGUUCUUCUUCUUGUACUACGUGAUCACCUAUGGCCUGGGAAUCACCUUUGCGCUGCAGGACGGGAUCCCGGCUCCAAAGCGACCUCGCUGCAUAGGUCGCAUCCACUUCUAUUCGGACAUGUGGAAGUAUUUCGAUGAGGGCCUCUACGAAUUUCUCUUCCAGAACAUCUACGCCGAGCUGUGCACACGACGUUCCUCGCCAGCUGCCAAGUUGGGAGCCACCGCAUUGACUUUUGCGUUUGUGUUCGUAUGGCAUGGCUGCUACACCUACGUGCUCAUCUGGAGCAUUCUCAACUUUCUCUGCCUGGCUGCGGAGAAGCUCUUCAAGGCACUGAUAUCUAUGCCAAGGUAUCAGGAUUGGACACAGCGUUAUCUGGGUGAAGUGGGCUCCCAGCGCCUCUACGCUAUUCUUGCCACACAGCUAUUCAUCCCGGCAGCUUUCUCCAAUGUCUACUUUAUUGGCGGACAGGAGAUUGGCGACUUCCUGAUGCGCGGAGCAUACCUCAGCGGCUUGGGCAACUAUUUGGCUUUGAGUUUUUGCAGUUACUGCUUUUUCCAAUGCUCCGAGCUCCUUCUGGCCAAGUAGGGGACUCUCGCCUUAAAACAGAAAUCAACUGACCUCGCUAAAAAGUCUGCUUAGAUUAAUGAACAAAUGUGACAACUUUUGUAUUAUAAAUGGCUUUAUAACAAUUGCUUUAUGAUUUUUA